UACGCGCUGGGUUAGACAAGCAGUAUGGCGGAAGAAGAGAGUGAAUUAGAGUUUGACAGGGUUAAGGAAGAAUUGGAGAGUUUGUUGAAGACUAGUGCAAGCGACGAACGCGGACUCCAGAGCAAGGCGUACUGUGAAAGAUUUUGCCAGUUGGUUGUGGAGCAAACAGGGCGAUGGCAGGUGCCUCUUCCCCAGCUCCAGGUGUUGGGACGUGCCCUGUGCUCUUUUGUCCAGGGUACGACAUCCUUUCCCCCAGACUGUGAGCAUGUGCGAUACACCCUGAGUAGCCUGGCCCUGAGUGUUUUUGAACUGCUGUUGUUCUUUGGAAAAGAUGAAUUCGUCGAGCAUCCUUUAAAAGGCAUUCUUGACUCAUUUCAGGACUGCUACAUGAACCUUGUAAGGCACCAGAAUGUGUACCUUCAGCAGGUCAGGCAUAUUAUCAAAGAUGGAGGGCCUUGGGCAAGCCCUGUUCUUCAGGCUAUUCUCAAGGAUUCAGAGCUACCACAAGAGAAUGUGGAAAGAUAUCUGAGCUCAGAAGUAUCUAUUUUCUUUGAGCUGCGUGUGCGUUACCUGGUGGCCUGUGAGAGACUUCAGGAGGCCAUAGUGCUGGCGAAGAGAUGCAGCCAGCACUCUGUUGCAGGGAGGCAUCUAUACUUCAUGCAAGCCAACCUCACCUGCCUUUUGAGAGCUUCUCUCCAUGAACGCUUGUACAAAGAGAUGGCUGAUAUCGAUGGGAAGGAUGCUGUAGAGAUACUCUGCAUGGCAGAGAAUGAGCAGAAAGAUGAGACUGUUUUGAUGCUGAGUAAAGGCUUUCUCUCUCAGCAGCUCCAGAGAGGAGACAUGUACUACCUUUGGGAUUUGGUCUUCAUAUGGAGCAGACUUUACUUGCGAGUGAACCCCUCAAAGCAGGCAUUUCUAGAGGAAUGUAAAGUAAUGAUUCAGUCAGCCACCAACCUAAAAGCAAUUUUCCCAUUUAUGAAGGUGAUUUUGGCAGAGCUGGGAAAAAUUGGCCUGGGGUUUUGUGUGGAGCUUUGUGCACAAGCCUUGCAGACUGACCUAAAGAAUGAUCCAGUCACCAAGUCCCUCAUCUACAAAACCAUUGCAUAUCUACUACCUAAUGACCUUGAAGUCUGUAGGGCUUGUGCGCUGCUGGUAUUCUUCCUAGAGCGAACUGUUGAGUCAUACAAGAAUGUAUUCCUCCUGUACUCUCACCCCGAUCAACAGUACCAUGCAGAUACCAGUCUAGUGGGGAAUAAUGUUCGCUUUGAGAUUCUCCAGAUCCUGAAGAAAGGCCUGUACUUUGACCCUGAGUUCUGGAACCUUCUCAAUAUUGAGAAAAACUGUCUGAAGCUAAUGAGUGAUAAGGUUUCUGAAGCAGCCUUGUGCGAAAUCAUGCAAAAGGACAAGUGGGCACCAAGCUACUGUAUGAAAGGACAUUGUCAGUGUCAUUCUGACGACACAAACAGGACUAUCAGUGGUGUAGAAAAGCCUACCAACAGAAAUGGCCAAGAAGCGGAGUAUGUGAAAACGCAGACCAAUUCUGCCUCAGGUGAAACAUCCUCUAAACCUCCAGGCAAAAAGCGGGGAAGGAAGCCGGGGACACACCUUGUGAAGGAUUCAGAGGCCUGUCCAGUUCGACGUUCAUUUAGACAAGUGGACUUGGCUAAGGAUCAUGCCAGGCAACUUAAUAGCAGACGUCAGAGAUUCCUUGCCCGGGAGGCAGAGAGGAAGACUCUGAAUCGCAGGGGUAGGAAACCACAAUGGCUUUUGGAGGAGUUAGCUGCCCAUGCAGAAAACAGUGUACCUCGACAAGGCAAAAAACCGGGAAGGAAACCAAAGCACUUAAAUGUCUUAAUGGAUAUUUCAGUUGAGGUACCAGUCAGUGAAAUCCCAAUGAGCCUUUCUUACCCUGAUAAUGAAGUUGACCUCUUUUCUGAUGUUCAGGCUUCCACGGAGACCCCUCACUUGACUGAAAGCAGUUCUGAGAAAAUGAAAACUGCAGAGGUUCUGAAAUGGCCUUCUGACAGUGCUAUGUCUCUUAUUGAGUUAAUAUCAGCGGAAUCUACUCCAUGUAGCAAAAAAGACUUGAGGGUCAAGGAGGAGCUUGUUUUUCGGGAGCAAGGCCUUUCAAUGGUUCGAAAAUUCCAUACAUAUUCAAGAGUGGCUGAAUAUGAAGGAAUAGCAGUGGACAUUUUAAGCAGUGAUAAAGAGGUUAAGCCAGACCAUAAUGAAUCCAAGCAAGAAAGACCUUUGCAGUCUUCUGAACAACAGAAUGAACCUGCCAAUGCCACACAGGUUGAAACUGUAGUAGAGAUUGAGGCAACACAAAUUCCAGGUACAAAUUUAGCGACCUCCGCUCCUGUUGAAGCCACUCUUGGGCCAAUUGAAGAAAUCAUUGUAGAGCAAAAAGCUAAUGCUGAAUUAUCAAGUCUCCAAGCUGCUGAUACCAAAUGUCCAGACAACACUGUUAGUCCUGAAAUUAUUAGUGUUGGUCUUCCACUAGAAGUGACCACACUUACCACAGCUGACACCAUUCCUGUACUUGAUAGUAUGCCAGAGAACAUCAGCAGUCAUCAUGAGGAUCCUCCUUUUCUCACUAAAGAGACGACGGUCCCUGAUAAUACACUUACAACUUGUAGUGAAACUCAGGUUGCUGCUCCCUCUGAAAUUGUGCCUGAGAAUACAGAGGAGCCAGUGGUGCAACAAACAUCUGAGGAGACAUUACAGAACACAAAUGCAGAUGUUGAUAGUCUAGUCCCUGACCUCAUCCCCUCAAGUGAUGGAAUUCCUCAGCUUUCGCUUAACUGCAGCCUUUGCAAUAAAGAAACCAAAAACCAUUGGGUUCUACGACAUGCACUGUGGCAUAUUCGGAUUGACAGAAAGUGCAUGUUUUGUCACAAAUGUUACACUCAUGGACGCAGACCAUCACGCCAUAUUAAACUGCACAUUGAGGAAUUGAGAAAGUCCAAUGGGCUUUGUAAAGAAAAUAUUUGCAAGAGUAUUGCUGAACUGCCUGAGACAGCCAUGCAAUAUGUCCAGACUACACUGCUUAAACGUGUUAAACAUCCUGUGCAGAAUAAGUUUAGAAAUAUUAAAAUGAGGUUAAACUGCAGUUUGGAAAUUGCACAAUUGCAUAAGGGAUGGGACAGUUCAGAGUCUAAGGUAAGAUUGCGGACAAGGUUAGCAAAGCAUUCAGAUUCCACCGGUACAUUGGAAGUAAGAAAGGAGAAGGUUUGCCGGAAGAAGAGACGGCGUUUAAAGAGGGUUUUAGCAGGGAGGUCUCAGUCCACAGAUGAGAACAAGAAAUUGUUUAGGAAGAAAUUAGCAAGGAAGAGAGCAAAAACUAUGCAAGCACCAACACCAGAGGAAGACAAUUCUAAAACCAAGGGCAACUUUGUUCACAGGAUAAAUGGAUUGAUCAGAAAAAGAAGAAAAAAGAUAAACGUGAUAGAGGCUCAGACAUCAUUAACACAGGACAACAGAGAGCACAAAAUGGAGAAUGUACAAUGCACACAAAUUUGUGCAACCCACAGUGAUGCCAAGACUGAAUCUGAGAAUGUAGAGAUAGCUGACCUUAAUCACAAAGACAUGAUUGGGUUAAAAACAGAAGAAAAAGAUGAAGAAAAAAUUACUCUGAACUCUGGGCUGGCAAAGAAGAUCAUACCUGAAGAUCAUAAAGAGGAUGUUAUAGCUGUAAAAAGGAGGAAGAUAACAAAUAGUCAGAAUGAUGGUUCUAAGAAGCAAGAACAAAAAGAGAAAACUACAACAGUUAAGGAUAUAAAUGCAUUUGGACAGAAAAAUUGGAUUGCGACAAAGCCCAAACAGUUAUUCACACCAUUCCAGGGAAAGGAAACAGGAGCAUCUACAGAGGUCAAAUGCCCUGUGGAGAUUUGUAUGUUUACUGCAAAGUCAAUCCUUGUCCUUUCACAUGUGUUGUCACACCACCAUGGUGACAAGAAGGCACUUGUGUUCUUUUUUCAUUUUGCUAAAGAAAAAUGUCUUUACUGUAGCAGGAAAAUAUUCAACCUACAGCAUUUCUUUGACCAUGUGAUUUCCCACAAAGGUGAGCUAAAGUUCCCAUGUUACCAUCAAGGCUGCAAGGAGAGGUACAAAACACGAAUGGAGCUUUCAGAACACAUGUUAGGACAUCAUCCUUUGAGAGCAGUGUGCUGCUUUCCUGGUUGCACUAUGCAAGUUGAAAGUAUUACGCAGCUGUAUAGACAUGAGAAAACUCAUUACCGACUCAAUGCAAAUUUGGAACAAAAUACACUGCCCAUAAUUACUGAACGCAUAGUUCCUCUAAGUCAGGAAGAUGGAAUGGAGGUAAAGCCAGAGUCAACAACAAAUUCUUCAAAAGGUCUCCUAGUCCAGAGAAAAAGUCCUACCUCUGCAACUCAAGAUGAUGAUGGAAAACCUUUGGUCCUAAAUAGAGGGUCUGCAAUUGACAGUAGCAAGAACAAUAGUCUUGUUAAUGGGCAUGGUGAUAGUGACAAAGAAGUUCCACCCAAACCUUUCAAUGCAGCCAUUAAGGAGAAGGAACCAACAGAAAAACCUACUACUCAAAAAUUUAUUCGCCCUCUUCCCUCUGCUUAUCUGGAUGAGUCUUACAUUAGCAUGCCAAAACGCUGGAAGGAACCACAUAUGGACUCAAAGUUACUGGGCUCUGUUUCAAAAGCAGUAACCAACUCUACGAAGCAGCGUUGUUCUCGAUGUUUUGAGUCUUUCAGCAGUGAGAAAGAGCUGCAAUCACACAAGGACAAAUGCACAUCCCUCUUCGGCUUUGAUUCGGAUGAUGAAAGUGCCUCCUGAAAUUGCAGAACCAGGCCUUUCUACUGAGGCAAUGGUCACAUCAGUGAGACCCAUUGCUAAAUGCUGCUGUUGGCAAUCAGAGUUCUUACCAUAUGUGCUUAAAACAUCUCUCAUUCUAUAUCUUUAUAUUAAGGACUACAUAGGAAGCAAACUAUCAUUGUUUGAAGUUCAGUGUAAUGUGUUUGCUGCUUGAUUUUUUUAGAGCCAAGGUUGAGCUCUGUAAUCUCAUUGUAAAAGUCUGAUGUUCAAAAUUGACACGGUUAACCUUACGUGACACUUGGACUACAAG